GUUGCUUUAUUUUCUGUAGGUGUAGGAGCUCUGAAGUUUCUCCAGGAUCCUCCAUCAAUCCAGGGAUCUCAUGUUGGCCAGAGUGUUGACUACAACUGCGCAACAGAUGACCCAAAUGCCACAGUGUUACUUCUAAAGUCUACAGAUUUUGGGUUUUCUUUUAAUGUGUUUCCAGUCACACCAAACAAACUUCUUUUGACGAAACAAGUGUUUACCAUAGUAAACAUUGUUCUUUCGGAUGGAGCACAGUAUAAAUGCAAGGCAACGGACCAGUCAGGUCAAACUAUUCAAUGGCCAAGUGGUUCAUUGUUAUUUGUACAAGCAGGUCUGUAUGAAUAUAAUUUCCGAGUAAAUUGGUGCUCAUUUAAAUCAAGUACAGCUGUAGUUAAACCCGCCGGGGGGUACUCCCUAUGCAGAGAGGCCCCACCUAAAAAGGGUACCUUUUUCAAUGAUAAAUGAAAAUAAAAUAAAAUAGUUUUUCAUGCAUAUUAUCUAAAGUCACAUAAAAGCUAAUCUAAAAAGACAUGGUCCGAUAUUGAUAUUGUGACCAGCUGGUCACCAAUGCAACUGAAAAUUUAGCGUUGGCAGUCAGAUUUUCAAGGCUAGUUGCCAGCAGGUGACUGACUUUCAGGUCCUUGUUUAUGUUUUAAAGCAAUGCUCAAGGAAUUAAUUUAGUGUUACAUAAUAACAAAAAAAAAACUCCUCAAUUGAUUUUGCCAGAAGAAACUUAGCCCUUUUGUCAAAAUUUUCAAUCUCUGUAGAAAAUAAUUUAUAGUAAAAAUGAACAUUCCUGUUGAAUGACUUCCACAACAGUUGUAAUCCAUGCACUGUGGUCGACAUCAGCCGCCAUUUGACACUGCAUUGCAUGAAUAUGCGCUUACCUUUGAGCAUUGAUGUCCUGGUGCUCUACAAAUUUUCGAGAAUGGUUUACAGUCAGACGGUCUUUAUACACCGCUGAACAUACAUACAUGUACACGAUGUACCUUAGUCAAAAUGUAAAAGGCAGUGACUGUUUACAAGCUAAUGAAAUCAAUCACCACUGGGUGUUUUGAAGCAAAAAGUGCCUUGAACACUUUUUAUUUCAAAGUGGUGGCAUUUUACUGAUAAAAUAUAUGGUUUUUACACAUACAUUUGCAUACAAUUAUCUUUUAAUGCCUUUCAACCAGCAAAAUGAACCAACAAGUAAGGUAAAUUAGUAGCAUUUUACAAGUGCUUGAGAAUAAGCAAACUAAAGAAGAUUAACUUUCCCUUUUAUUUGUUGCCUUUGUUGGUGUUGAAUCAUGUCAAAGAAAGUAUUUUUCCUUGCAACGGACAUGUACAGUAAUUAUUUUGUUAAAAAGUGAUGAACUAUUACAGUGUAUUUAAUUGUCAACUUUCAACACAUCAAGUUACAUUAAGAGCAAAUUAAAUAUUUGGCUUUGACUACUGAAUGUCGAUGAUCAAAAAAGGAAUUCACAAUAUCUGCUGAAACCACUCAGAAUUCUGGCAAGACUCUUGUCUUUCAUGAACAAGACUUUGCUGAUCCAAAGCUCUUGUUCUGUGGCAAAGGUCUGUCAAGUUAUUUGUAAAUUUGAGGCGAUUUCCAUAGACAAGUAAAAGGUGAGUUCACAUGAAAAAGUGGACGGCUGGCUUAUUGAAAACCCUGUUUAAGCAGACCCUUAACCAAGGGAACAUCAGACAUAAUUUAAUACACAUUUAAACUGUUCUUCCAAUAUCAUUUUCUGUAAAAUGAACCCAUGUUAAGUAGAUGCCUCUCAGAUGCUUAGUGACAUUCUAAUGGGUGCCCCAAGCUCCCCUCAUCUUAGUUGACAGGGAGGGCUUGACACCAUUUUUCAUGACAAUGCAGGCAUGCACCCUCCCAAUUUUGUCAAUGUAUACUUCACUGCAUUCACAAGGAAUGUUAUAUGCUGCUCCAUCUUGAAUUGUAAAACUUCUGUAACUAUAGCUGUAAACAUAACAUAAAUAACUUCAGAUCUGAGUUGAGUUGCCCUGUUAUAUUAUCAGACUUUUUGUUAAAUACUGGAAUAAGAUAUGAAAAUUUUGCAGAGACUAUAAUACAUGUACAGCUGUAUGUAUUGAAGACAGCAUGUAAAGGUCUACGUGUACAUAUUUUUUGCAGCUCAGUUACCCAGGCAUUUUGUGUUGAUACCAAACAAAUCAAUCUAUGUGCUGCAAGGGCAGAGUGGAGAAGUCACAUGUGAAGCUGAGGGUCCUUCAGUUUCUACCCUGAAGUGGGAAAAGGAACAGGAUGAUAAAUCAUAUGCAGCCGUCCCCAACAGUCAAGUUAACGUCACUAAAGAUGCAAAGUAUGUGAGAGCAACCCUGAAGAUUACAAAUGCCCAGUUUGCGGACGCUGGUACAUACAAGUGCACGGUAUCAGUUCCACCAGAUAAAUCGGAUUAUAAGCUGACAAAGAUAGAAGUCAAGGGUAUGUUUGUACUCUAUUUCUUUGUAAAGGUUACUUUUACUGUUAGCAUCUCAUCAUUUCUGCAAUACAUGGCCCAGUGGACAGCACAUCAGACUCACAAUGCGGUUGUUGCCGGUCCAUGUCCUGCUCUGACCACUUGUUUUUGGUCUUGCCAAGAUCAAUUUCUUGGCUUGUUAUUAUCCAGCUGGUUGCCCCCUGCCAGUUGGGGUUUUCUAUCCUGUUAUUUUCUUUUUGCAUUAUUUUGCUUCUAAUUAUUGAGAGUGCACUGCCGUAAAUUAGCUGGACUUCCACUGUUAAAACAAUCCAAAAUACAGUAUUACACUGUACAUCAACUAUGUGCAUGGACAGUAAGUAUAUCACUAAUGCAAUGGACAAAAAGUGGUGAAUGCCCAUGGCCACAUGAUGGUCUGACAAUGGCUGAGUUCUGGCACUUGACGUGGAUCACUGUUCUGCUCUGUUCAAAACAACAGUUUUAUAAUAUUACAUGUAUGUCAGACAAGACGAGUGCGACUCACCUUUGGAAUCCUUCAGUCGACAUGACGAAUAAAAGUAACUUUAAGAAAUGCUUGCUCGAGAGAUACUUAAACAUUAAUGCAAGUCGCGAGCAUUUUAGCAUUUCAAGGACAUUUUAAUGUAGGUUUUUUCUUUUUUAUCUUGAUUGCAGUGUACUAAUUUAGGUAGCUAUUUUUAACCAUUUUUUAUGUACCCUUUAACUUCAUUUUAUGAUAUACUAUUACAUUUUAAAAUUAUUUGUAAAUAGUCUUGUUAUCUUUUUGGGCCCACAAUGUAGACUACUGGGUUUACCAGUAAUUGAGACAGCCAUUAAAGUUUUAUUAUCAUUGUUAUAAUAUUAUUAAAUUAAGUGUUAUUGUAUAUGCUGCAAUUAAUUGGUACUGAUUAUUAAUUCAUGUAAAAUCUGUUUCAUUCAUACAUUUAGCUCUUACAGCACCUUCAAUACGUCCCUAUACGGGACAAACAGAAGUGCUAGAGGGAUCCACCAAGGAAAUCAAGUGUGUAACAGAGGGGGCUCCUAAACCAACGGUAGAUUGGUACAGAAAUGGCAAGAAAAUGAAUGUCACAAACUGCCAUUCAAACCCUCAGAGUUGUGAUAAAGUUGACUAUGAGGUUUAUGAAGAAGGAGAUGGUUCUUCUGGACUUCAUACUAUUUACACAGUUCAAGUUCUCAAAAUAAGAAGUGCACUAUAUCCAAGGGAUGUUGGUGAUUUUAAAUGUGUUGCAUCGAAUGGAGUUUUACCAGAUGCUGAGUUAAGAGUGAGCUUGGAUGUCCAAGGUACUUAAGCAAAGGAAUACCUUUGUACUUUAUGUAACCAGUAAUUUGCAUAAUACAUGUGCAAUUUUUUUACCCCAUUUACAAUUAAUGAUAUGCUCAGAACCAACAUCUAGAGCCUUAGUUCCUUUGUACAAGUGUACCAAUUGUGAUCCUAUGUAAGUAAUUUUAACUGUUAAAGACAUCUUUGAUGCACAACUCAUUGGGAACACCUGUGAACUAUUCAAUCAAAUCAGGCCAGAAUUGAUGUUAAUCCUUCUCUGUACAUAACUGCUCUCUUUUGAACAUUUGGAAACAUUGUUACCUUCCUAUGCAUUAAUUUUUUUUACCUAAAUGUUUCAUGCAGGAGUGAAACCUGGUGAAAGCAUAGAAAAACAACUGUAAGCACUUAUGUUUUUCGUACACUAUAGCACUUACAGUGUAGAGUACAAAGUUGUAUUCUGAGUGCAAACCUGUUUUCUAAGUUGAGAAAGGCAAGGAACUAAUGUGAAGAGGGGGGUGGGGGGCAGUGGGGGGUGUGAGAGGCUUAUUUGCCGGGGGAUGCUUAUUACCUUACAGUUACAGUCAAACCAAGUCAAGCGUACCCCCCAAGAUUCUAUCAGUGAAUUGAUUAUUUGAAAAAUGAAUCCGUUAGUCGUUCCCAUAAAUGGUGUCAAAUUCAAAGCGGCAUUUCUGCAUGUGUAAUGAGCAGUGAAUAUUUUACGAGAACUUCUCGGUGUUCGGUGUCAGAUUGGAAAUCUUUGAAUGGAUUAAGCUUCUUAGAAGACAUUUACAUCAAUUUCAGGAAAAUGGAGCUGGUAGAAAUUUCAUAACUGCCUCGCGUGUGAAUUCACGGCUCAUUACACAUACAAGAAUGCAGAGAUCAAUCUGAAAUCUACAACUAGCAACGGAUUCAACUUUUGAAUAAUAAAUUCAUUAAUGCAUUCUUGGGAGGUACGCUUGACCUGGUUUGACUGUAAAAUGUAAUAAACCUUGUCUUCCUUUCAAACAAAGAAAUCUGUACAGCUGUAAACAGAGCACUAAAACAUAUCUCCAAGAAAAAAAAACCAAAGUAUGGUCUUACUGAUGGCAUUAAGGUCCUAAAAAUUCUGGUUUUGAAAUGCUCUUUCUCUCCUUCUUUGUACUGGAUAUUAAGUUUCAUUUUUUUCUUGGAGAAGGAUUGCUUGGUAAGAAACUGUUGACAACAAGAUCCAACUUAGUAGAUUAUACAUGUAAGUUAAAUCAGAGGUUGAUGAAGGAUUAUAAACAUCAGAAUACACAGUUAAAAUUUUACAAUCUUAUUUGCAAUAUAAGAUGUGCAGUCUACCCCAUGAGCAUCGCAUCAUCAUGGCAACUCAUUUAAGGAUAUCAUAAAUCCACUAUUAAGCUCCCCAGGGGGCUUAUUUUUUUCAAACACUUUUGAGGAGGGGCUUAAUAGAGACCGGGGGGGGCUUAUUUAAUUUAACGAAAUGCAUCAACAGGAGCAAGGUUUCUCAAGGACGGACUUGUGGUUACCGGGCGCUAUACUGCCUUUUCUAACAAUAAGAAAAUGGUAACAAUUCUCCACAGAGACCUAGAGCAUAAAGUUGAAAAAGUUAGAUCAGCACAUGAAGUUGGAGGUCAUGUGGCUGAAGACCAAAAACAAUAUGAAUUUCCAGCGUGAAUGAACCAUAACUGAUCAGUCCACGUUAAUUGUUUGUGAAGAAUAGGGAUGGAGGGUGGAGGGGAAGGGGGGGGGGAGGGGGGGGACUUAAUAACUUUUCUCUGACCUCUGAAAGGGGGAGGGCUUAUUAGAGAGGGGGCACUUAAUAGAGUAUUUAUGGUACUUUAUUCGGGAUAGUGACAUGAACUAGGCCUCAACUAACAAUCUUAAUUAAAUGCAGUUAAGCCGACACUGAAAGAGAGAUUAGAUGCAGUUGCUGUGGUAGAAGACACAGAAGCUAAAGUGUCCUGUACAGUGACCAAGAGCAACCCAUUGCCAACAUUCAGUUGGCAGUAUGCUUUCAAAAACUUGGAAUGUGAUAUUCAACAAUCUACUGGUACCUGUGUCCCUAAGGAAAACAAGUGGAUUACUGUUCCUAGUCAGCUGGUGUCUCCCAGCAGCUCAACACCAACAAAUGAAAGCAUUGUGAAUGUUGCCAAAGACCAACAAAAUGCAUUCUACCGCUGCCAAGCAUCCAAUUCCUUGGGAAAUGAUUCGCAAAUCUUGAGAUUUGUCAGACUUGGUAAGAACAUCACUUAGUAAAAACAGUACUUUUUUGAGGUAUUGAAUUGUACAAAAGUGUAAUAAUGUGCUUUAUACUAGUACAGAAAAGAGAACAGAUUUUCUAGGGAUGACCUGCACCUUUUCCAAACAAGUUUUGUGAUUGGCUGGGAAAACAAUAGGGAUGGUGACAUAACAAUACCCCUAUCCCAGAAAACAAUAGGUAGUGCGAGUUAUAGGGACCAAUGAAAGAAGAGGUUUGGAUUCGUGCAGGUCAAUUGAUGUUCUACUCAUAGAUCAAGCCAUAGUUAAUUGAGUGGAAUGGUUAUGAAACCCGUCAGACUCCUUUGUUAUAUGUUUUUGUGGACCUGAAAGUGCACAACAUUCAAAAGAAUUCCUAUCAUUUUGAUUGUAUUGACCAAUAAAAAGGUUGCAUUAAUUUAUUCCGUAACAAUUUGCCAACAGAAAACAAAGGAUUGUGCACUUUCAGGGUGCUUCCAACAUAAACUGCAGCACUGUUGUUUUUAUCAUUGAUGUUUGCCGCUUUUCAUAGGUUGCAAAUGCACAGAUUAAUGCUCACCUGAGGACAUUUUUAGCUGCCUGUAUUUUGUGCACAUCUAGUUGGGCUUGGAACUGAGACACUCUGUGAGAUAAUAAUUAUUAUAAAUUGGAAAAUGUGUGUUUCCAGGCGUAUCCAUAAAACCAUGCCGAAAAAAAUAGGCCAAAGUUUUAAAGAAAGUCUUUAAGAAGGUAAGCUCGUUAAGAACUUGUGCAGAUCUUGGAGGAUGUUAUCCACCUCGACCUCCAGCCCGGAUGGAGAACAUCCUCCUUGAUCUGCAUAAUUCUUCAUAUCUUACCAUUUUUAGCUGUAUGUAUUUUGUGCACAUCUAGUUGGGAUUGGAACUGAGACACCCUAUUUGAUAAUAUCAAUUGAAAAAUGUGUGGUUCCAGGCAUAUCCAUAAAACCGUGCCGAAAAAAUAGGCCAAAGUUUUAAAGAACGUCUUUAAGAAGGCAAGCCUGUUAAGAACUUUUGCAGAUCUUGGAGGAUGUUAUCCACUCGACCUCCAGCCCGGGUGGAUAGCAUCCUCUUUGAUCUGCAUAAUUCUUCAUAUCUUACCAUCCUCAUUUUUUUAAAUAAUUACAUGUAUUGCUAAUUACCUAUGAUUGAUCAACAGUGAAACCAGAUGCCAAGGUUGAGAUUUACACUGGCAAAACUAAGACUGAGGUGAACGAGAAGUCUACCUUACAGGUCUUCUGCAUUGACCGGAUUGAUGGUGACUGGGGCCUCCUUUUCUCAAAAGAUGGGGAAAAAAUAGAACUAAGUGAUCCACGUGUUAAUGUCACCAUUUUUGAAAAUCAACCGAAAGAAACUGAAAGGUUGUUUAAACUGACGAUAAAGAAUGUUACAAUGAAUGAUACAGGAGAGUAUGGAUGCACCCUUUCUCUUUUGUUUCCAACGCUCCUUGAUGCCAUCAAUAUUACGGUGAAAGGUGAGUGAGCUAAGAGUGGAGAUCAUUAGAGUACUUUAACUAACAUUUUUAUCGGUAGGCCCUCUGAUAGGUGCAAAAAUUAUUGGUAACUCAUGUGAAUUUCCUGGAAGUCAUAUUAAUAGAUUUAUGCAGGAAAAAGCUGUGUUACGGUCCCAGUUACUUGAUUUUUAUCACGCUCUAUGAUUUCAAAUCUCGUGGAAAACAAUUGUUCGGUUUUGUGCCCAGAGUUCAAGGGAAACUGUCUGUCACAAUUUUUUGGUUCCGUGAAAAUUCAUGGGAACCCACUCCUAGAUGUUUUCACUUUUUUGGAGUCAUUUUCUAUUUCCUGGAGCUGUAAUUCAUAAACCGUUAAUGUGCGAUGCACUUUGGAAACAAUUCAAGAUGAUGGGCAAUAGACAAAUAAAAAUUGAUAGAUGCUGAAGAUUUAGUUUUUAUGAUAUUUGGUAUAAUUUAUAAGCCAAGUCAUAACCAAAGAAUUGAUCUACUACAGUGGAACACUGUUAAUUAUGGUCACCUACAUGUAUGGAGCAAAAAAAUAUUGGCCAUAUUAAUGGGUGACCAACAAGAGUUUUUUUUACAAGAAAAUGUAUGGCUGUUUUGCCAGGCGUAACAAGGUGACCGUAUGACUGAGGUUGGCCAUAAGGCAGCAUUGUACUGUAGUUAAGAAUCUGAGUGGAAAAAUACAUGUAGUGCAUUUCUGUAAUUUCUGUACACAAACAUGCAAAUGUACACUAAAGAAAACGUACAAUUAUGGUUCGUUUAAUACAGAAGUACAUAGUAGAAGAUUGAACAUCAAACUGUAUGCAGCUGUGUUUUGUUGAGUUGAUCCGUAAUUUCGUGUGUUGAUGGAGGGAACUUGCAGCUAUAGUAGCUGCAGUGGUUUAAGAUCUGCUGUCAAGAAUUUUUGUGGUAAUAACGUGGCUGCAUUUCCGAAGUUGUUGCAUGUGUACAUACACACAUACAAUGAAUGAUGGCAUUGUCAGUGGUAGCUCUAAAUAAUUUGAAGGCAGGUUUCUUUGCGAUAGCCAUAUACAUUUGUAUUGGCGUUAAUAUUUCUCGAUUUGUGAAGCCAGAUGGUUUGAAGAAGGUUAUGGCAUUGAUAAUUAUUACCAAAUGAUUUGUGCAAAUAUUAGAAAAAACACACUGCAGAACUUACAUCCUUCAUCAUCAUUGAUAGCUUUUGUAAGUUUUACGGCUGGUCCUGUUUUUAUUAGCCUCCCCGCAGACGUCCUUUGGGGUUCGUUUGUCCCUCCGUGGGGGAGAAAUGAAUGCGUGACAAACGAACCCCAAAGGACGUCUGCGGGGAGGCUAUGUUUUUAUGGGCUUACUGGUAUAAUAAACCAUAGGUUUUUGACCUAUCAGAUCGUGCAUAUCCAACUAUCUCAGUUACUAUAAUUAUGACAUAGUAAUUAUAUGAAAUUAAAUUUGCCUAGUAAUAACCAUCCAUAGUUUCACACAACUGUACAUUAGAGAAUUCUAUGUCAUGUUUUUUAAAGCAAAACAAUGUUAAAUUAGUGUUUGUGUUUGUUGCUAUUAAUUUUGUUUCGUGUAAUAAUCAUGUUGAAUCAUGUAUUAAUAUUUAUUUAUGUCUCCAUAGCUCUGAAAGCACCAAACAUCACCAAAGAUAUACCUAAUGUGACAGUUCUUCAAGAACCUCAGGGUGGUAAUUUGGAGUUGUUUUGUGAUGUUACUGGCAACCCAAAACCUACCAUCACGUGGUACUUCUACAAGGAUGGCAAAGGUGAUCCCUUGGUGGUCAACAAGGAAAAACAUAACCUGGGCGGGAACAAGGAUGACUGCAGGAGUCGGAGAAAGGGUUAUUACUUCUUGCAGCCUGAUGAUGCUCGUGCACUUGUGAUUUGCACUCCAGAAUUUGAACAUCACCAAGGAAAGUAUUCGUGUCAUGCUAAGAAUACAGCAGGAGAGCAGAGCAAGUCUGCAUUUGUCAAUGUGGAGAGUAAGUAGUUAAUUGUUAUGAAUAGGUACAACAAGCUGGUGUGGUUAACUUUAUUAAUAUUUACUUUAACCACAUUAAAAAUUUAUUAAAAUGAUAGCAAUACUUUAUUAUGAAAUAAUGAUUAAACAGUCGACUUCUGGUAACUUGAGCUUUCAAGGGAAGUAUAAAUCAGUUAUUGCAAGUUCAAGCUAUCGGGAGCUCCAAGCAAAACCUGAAUUUGUAUUAGUACUUUAUUCAUGUAUGGAUUUGAAGACUUUGCAAUCCCUUGCAUCUUACUGAUGGCUUGUCCCACACUGAGCUUAGAUCAAGCUCUACUUGCAUAUUACUUGGUAAAUAUAUUUCUGGUGGUCAAGGCAAAUCCAAGUCUCGCAUCUAGUAGGAUACAGUCGCACCUUCACUGCCACCUCUUCACAACAACCUCUCUACAUUAACGGACUUUCCAUACAGUGGAACCCCACCUUACGACCAUCUCAUUAUUACGACCCUAUUCUUUUUACCCAAACAUUAGAAUCACGGAGUUAUUUUAUUAUUUUGAAGACCCCAUUAACACCACCACCUUGUUAUCACGACCAGGAUUUUAUGGCCCAACGGUGGUUGCAUUAACAGGGUUCUACUGUACAUCGUGUCGAGUCUUGUUUAAUGCAUUGUCGCCCAGGAAUUUUUACUGUUUCGAGUGAUUUUCUAUAAAAUAAAUCAAGUCAAGGACUAAAAUUUUAAUAUUACUGUGAAUGUUGACUUUUGGUUUUGCAGUGUUGAUUUCUGUAAAAAUGCCGAAGGCAAAAAACGUGAUUUUUGUCGUUUUUCUAUGACUUUAAAGGGUGCUCAUUUCUGUUCUUGUCCAAAUUCAAAAGGUGAUAUGUAAAAAGCACUGACUUUUUUGUGUUUAUUUGAUAUCCCCAUUUAAAGGACAUUAUACUCAAUGUUCACAACUGACAGUUAAGACAAUGUUUGCAUGAUUGAGAAAGUUGCAAUGUUUUAAAGCAGUGUAGUCUUGUACGGCCAGUGUUAGCGGGCAGCUGGCACGGCCGUCAGUGGGUUAAACCUCUGUACAACAUCCAUCUCCUUACAAUGACCACUUUCUUCUGUCCCCAAAGUGGCCAUGGAUGAGAAGUUUAACUGUAUACCAAUUACAAAUUGUUGCUGGCCACCCCACCAAUAUAAUAUUAUUAUGUCAGUGGGCUCACUUUUGCUCGGCGGUAAUAAAUGUUUCCAAAAAACAGUAGCUGUUUGUUUGUUCUAGUAUCUAUCUAUCUAUUUUUCUAUCUAUCUGUCUGUCUGUCUGUCUGUCUGUUUGUCUGUCUGUCUGUCUGUCUGUCUGUCUGUCUGUCUGUCUAUCCAUCUAUCUAUCUAUCUAUCUAUCUAUCUAUCUAUCUAUCUAUCUAUAUAAUUCAAUGUGGAGUAAACAUAAAGUUUUUGUUGUCAUUGUUGAUUCUUUUUCUUUUUGACAGUGGCACCAGUCAUAGUUGAACCUAAGAAAGAUGAAGUACCUCUUUCACUCAAGAUUGGUGAUCCACUGAACAUAAGCUGUGUGGCGAAAGGGAACCCUGCUCCUAAUGUCACAUGGUUACAUAAUAACACAGGAAGGGCGGUCUCACCAACUUCAACCAACUCCCAGCAAUUAAUCAUUAACUCGAUAGAAGAGAAGGAUUUUGGUUUUUACACCUGCAUUGCCAGUAAUAAAUUGAAACGUACAAUGGUUUCUAUUGAAACCAAGGAAGGUAAAUUUAUUUCACAUGUUGAUACAUAGUGCAUGCUUGGCUUUGAAUGCUGGAGGCCAGGGUUUACUCUGCCUUUCACAAGCAUGAUCCCUGGCUACUUUCAUUUGAAACAUAAGGGAAGUAGAAUGAAAUGAAAAUCUUAGAUGUUCAAUUCCAUGUAACACAACAACAACGCAGCCAAGUUACAAGGUGUCAUUAAUACAUAAUUUUUUUAUUGCUGGAUGAUUGACAUCACCAGCUGCCCAAUAUAUUUUUGCUAUUGUUAUUGGACAACUGACUGAAAUCUUUUAAAUUUGGUCAGUGUAAUUCAUACGGUAAAAAACUUGCAUUGUGUUUAGACUUUUAAUCAUAACUAUAACAAAAUUGUCAAAUGUGAUUGGCUAUCAACUGCCCUGAUUUCAGCCUUAAUUGGACAGUUUGAUAGGACAGUACGCGUCAUGCGUAAGUAAUUGGACAGUACGCGCCAUCACGCGCGCGCUUAAAUGGCUUGUUUUUUCACUGCUAGCAAAACAAAAUUUCGAAUUUCUUGUGUUUUGAUUUAAAAAAUGGCCUAUUGUAUCACAAAUUUUGUUAAAGUUAUGAUUAAUUGGUAACAGAACUUUGUGUCGUCCAAUUCGGUCUGUAAUCAUACUGGUGAUUAAACAAAUCGGACUCCCGCUACGCAGUCGUCCGAUUUUGUUAAUCACUCGUAUGAUUACAGACCGAAUUGGACUCCACUCAGUCCUGUUACCAUUACAUAUUAAUUCUGAUUUUGUAUGGUUAUGGAAAGUUAGUUGGAUGAUUUCAGGGGGGAGACAGGGUCCAAUCAUUAGCCCCAUUGCAAAAUCCUGUAGUCAGUGGCCCCGGCCUAUUGUACACAACUCUUAUUUAACGCUGGGAGAAGGAAUGGCUAACCGAUAAGAAAACUGGACACCCUUCCCGGGCCCCUAGUUCCAGUGCCUCCCUGAUUGCUUGUGGGAAUUGUUCUCGGUAGUUGUGAGGUCAAAUCAUCGCACCCAUGCUUGUAAAACAGUUGAUAGGUUUGCCUCCUACUAGUUGGAUUUUCAACGUUUUUAUGUGGAAAGUUCCAUUUGAAGUAUUAUUUUGUCUCAUUAUCUCUGAAAAGCCCCAUAACAGUUUUUUGUUUUCAUUGAUGAGAAACAUCUUGAAAUGAAUGAUGAAUUUUUUCUACUUCUCCAGAGGGAUCAGUUGAUUAUACUGGUGGUGGUGGACUAAGUACUGGUACGCUGGUGGGCAUUGCUAUUGGUGUGAGUGUGUUUGUUCUCAUCGUGCUAGUGGUGUGCUGUUGUCUUUACCAUCGGCAGAAGAAGCAGAUAGAUGAGUAUAAGCAGCUUUAUUUCCUGCAGACAUCAUCAGACUACAAGGUACAUUCCUCUCUAUAAUAUUGUCCAUGUACUUUCACUUUGUUCUCAGGUUUGGCUACUAAGCUUGCGCGGUAUUUGGCGUGAAACACCGUUUAUUGUAUUUAUUGAACAGUUCAUUCGUUUGAAAAAGACAGUCUUCCUGAAGGAGCCAAAUCCCCAAAUGUCCUGUGUGCAAUAUACCAGUGCCUUUUUCAUGAAAGUCACAGUUGUGUAGUAUGUACGUGUACCCUCUUUAGAGAAAAUGCUUCAAUCCUAACCCACCUACCUACCUACCCACCUACCUGCCUGCCUAUCAACCUACUUACCCACCAACCUACCUACCCUCCUACCCUCCUACCUGCAUGCCCAUCAACCCACCUACUCACCUACCUGCCUACCUACCUACUUGCCUACUUACCUACGUACCCGCCCACCCACCAACCUUCCUACCUACCUACCUACUUACCUUCCGACCUACCUACCUACCUACCUAUUUAUCUACCUGCCUGCCAAUAUUUAGCUGGAGCGUUUUCACGAGCUGACCACCAUUUUUCUUGUAAGACGUGCUCUAGGACAUUAACAGGCAUAUUUUGUAUCAGCCUUAUGCGAGAACAAUGUGUCAUGUUUUAGAUUGACCCAGAUCGCAGUCUGCUGGAACAGUGUAAUAAUCUACCUUAUGACCCAGACUGGGAAUUUCCUGAAGAAAGACUCAUCCUUGGAAAUGUGCUUGGUGCUGGAGCUUUUGGACAAGUUGUUAAAGCAGAAGCCAUUGGUAUCUUGGCGCUCAAUCCUCGAGACAAGAGCGCAGAAUCUUUUAAGCGACGCUCAAAGAUCCGUCGGUCUUCACGAGCAAAGGACCUGAAAAAGGAAGAUGGUGGCUCGGGAUGGAAGAAUGUUAAAGUCCCUGUCGCAGUCAAAACCUUAAAAGGUUGAUGAUUCUUUUUGCGUACUCCUCGAACGAAACAAGGAAAAAACGUAAAAUAGGAAAAUAGAAAGUGAAAACAGGAAGGGUUUCAGCUCCUACGAGUGGGGAUUUUUAACCAUGUUGUGUACCAUUUGUUCAGUUACAUUACUUGUUUCAUUAUCGUUGAAAAGCCCCAUAGGGGGAGAGAAUAAUUAAAGUGUUAUUAUUGUUGUUGUUGUUGUUGUUGUUGUUGUUAUUAUUAUUAUUAUUAUUAUUAUUAUUAUUAUUAUUAUUAUUAUUAAAGUAAUUGAAAUUUUAACGAAUAUUUCCACACAACAUGGUUUGUUCUUAAUUCGUUUUGUUUUGUUGUUGUAGAGGGUGCCACACAGGCAGAGUACAAGGAUUUGGCUUCAGAACUCAAGAUACUCAUUCAUCUUGGACAGCACAAGAACAUUAUCAAUCUUCUCGGAGCCUGUACAAAGGGAAAACGCCUAAUGGUGAUCAUGGAGUUUGCUCCACAUGGCAGCUUACUGAGCUUUCUUAGAGGGAGAAGAGAUACAUUUGACGCGAGUUGGACUAAAACCAUGAACGAGCCAGAGAAGGAGUUCACUUUAGUAGAUUUAGUGAUGAUAGGUUUCCAAGUUGGUCGAGGAAUGUCAUUUUUGGCGUCCAAAAGGGUAAGAGAUGUAACGUAGUAACAAAUAUUGCUAUAUAGCUAGAAUUUUUCGCCGACAGUGCUAGCUAGUAUUGCGUGGCUUCUUCGAGGUCACUUAUCUUUCACUGCGCCUUUAUUAUUUUUUUUUCGCCUUCUUGUUUUCAGUGGAUGUUUCCUCAAAUGAGGAUGACCCGCUGGUCUCUGGUUUUAAGGCCGGUUACCCAAUACUAUUUGUCAGCGCGAUUUCUCGUCUCAAUGUUUUUUUUUUUUCGCGGUAUAGUUUAUAGGGCUGAUCUUUUUGUCCGAAGUAAAAUGCCUCGAUAGAAAUUGACCUUAAGCUAAACCGUUUGUGAAAUCUUUCCCAGGGGCAGCCCAACAAAUAAAAUCUGAUCGCACUCCGUGUGUGAGCACUUCUCGUACCUGAACACUCCCUGUAAUCCUCACUGAAACGUCGCCCGCGGCAAUGAGCGAGGUGAGACGGUUAUAUUCGCCGGCUGCGCUUGUAAGGGGCCUUCUACCGAAAAUACAAGGCAAAGCACCAUAGUUAGAACCCUUCCCAAAGGACUGUCGCUCUUAAACAAUCCGACCACAUUAUAGGAUCGUGGUUUCAAGAUUUCCGUUGUUUUCAUCCUCCAAGUAACGACGUGAUACUUGUUCCAAUCUCCUACGAGUGUCAGUUGGAUAAUGCAACUCCGCGGAUCCUUAAUAAGACAACGAGUUUUCUCCGCCCACCACGUCGUUCUUAUUCUACGAUCGCCUCAUGUAGAUUCGAGGUAUUUUAAUUCACGAAUGGCUUUGCGCGUAUUGUAACUUGAGAAUCAAUUACGCAGAUUUGUCAGAUCGGCUCUUGGUAGCACUGUAUCAUGGUCUACCCUGUUCUGGGCGUUCAGACUGUAGGUACGACGCUCGGAAAUGUGAGAACAAAAAAAUAGCGAGCCACUCUCCACGAUCUGAGCCCCUGUAACAGGCUGUUAUGUUCCCCCUCUCGUAAGUGACCGUUCAUAAUCGACCGAGUCUUGGCGCUUUUGUUUCUCCCUGACGGAGGUUCAACUGUAUUUGAAUUGUUUCUAAACCUUACCUUGGGUUGCACUUUUUUCUUCAGUGCGUUCAUCGCGACUUGGCUGCAAGGAACAUUUUAGUGGGGGAUGAUUAUGUUAUGAAGAUAGCUGACUUUGGUCUGGCAAGAGACAUUUAUAAAGAUGAUCAGUAUGUCAAGAAUACGCAAGGCUUGCUUCCCGUAAAGUGGAUGGCUCCCGAGUCGUUGUUUGACAGAGUUUAUACUGAGAAAACUGAUGUGUAAGUACACAAGGUUUUAAUUCCAUUUUAGGUAAUUUCUCCACCUCCAUUAAUUUUUAUAAAUUGUGAAAAUUCGAGAGAAGCCCGCGAACACCCGCUCUGUCUUUAGACCAGCGCUCUACUAACUGAACUACAGUGGAACCUCGAUAAAACGAACCUUUAUAUGACGAAGUCUUCGGUAUAACGAACGAUUUGCUUUGCCCCAGUAAUAGUAAGAUAUAUCAGAAAGAACCUUGUUAUAUCGAAACCUCGUUAUAGCGAACAAAUUUUGCCAGUCCCUUGGCCCUUCCUUAUAUCGAGGUUCCGCUUUAAUCCUACCGUGGUUGAAAAAUUCAAGGAAAAAACAAACAAACAAACAAGCACAGAAACAAAUCCUCCCAUGAAUCGACGAGCAAAUGUAAGGAUCAAUUUUUCGUGAGGACGUAAAAUAAUAGUAAAAAUUAUCUGCUUUUGUUAAAAAAAUUCCCUUUUGAAGCUUUUUUUUUGUCCUUUAAAGUCUUACUUAACAAUUUUGGGCUGAAAAGACAGGUAUUGAUCUUGGUCAUGGUUAUUCUUAUCAACAGAUGGUCAUUUGGAAUCCUCUUGUGGGAAACGUUUACCCUUGGGGGUACCCCUUACCCUGGCCUCCCGACAGACCAACUUUUAGACUAUCUUAGUGAUGGCAAGAGAAUGGACAUGCCAGCCAAGUGCCCUCUGGAAGUUUACACUGUCAUGAGAGAUUGCUGGAUUCAUGAACCUGAACAAAGACCCCAUUUUACAACCUUGACAGAAAGACUUGCUAAUAUAUUGGAGAAGCAUACGACAACGGUAUGUAUUAAUAUACCGAUGGACUUACCUUGUUUCCGGGGGGGGGUUAGGGGGGAUAUUAAGCUAAGUUUUAUACGAUGAGGCUCCGCGUCGAGGCCAGCCCCGUACCUUUUAUAUACCUACACCAUUUUUGGCAGAAAAGGAACCCCGUUCGUAUACUUUCUAUUGACAGAUGGUACACAUUCUAUAUACCUAGUGUACAACUUUGUAUCCCUUUUAACUGCUGUAAAUUUUCUCUUUUUUAAUGAAUGUUAGGUGAAUGAAUCACAUAACCAGAACAUUUUCUUAACUUUUUCACAGAUUUUCAUACCCACACAUAUACCUGAAACCUGAAAACGGUGACCGUUUCCGGUGGAUCCUCCCCCAUCAAACUCCUUUGUCUAAACGACGGAUGGACUUGACUGAACGACUGUGUGACUCGACUACUGAUGACUGACUGAACGACUGACUCAGGGCCUCCUCAAAUAAGCCCGGUUGACCGGGCUGGCGCGGUGUUCGAGAUCUCGCCUUACCUCUAAAUCCUUUGUAAAAUUUUCGAUGUGUUCAUAUGAGAGGGCCGGCUGGCGUGGUUCCCGAGAUCUUGGUAAGCUAGCCCGCGAACCGCAGACGUAUUUCCAGUCGUCGCUUCUCGGUGAGACUAAAGCCGAAAAAACCGGAUCCUCGCGCAAGCUAUCGGUAAGCGGGCUGGAAAUUUUGCCAUAUGAACACUUCAUCCCGGUUACCGGGAUGAACGGCGGGAUGAAUUCUGGCGGUCCGGAGGGCAUCGUUCUGGAUUGCCUACUGUAUUUUCCACAUCAUAAACAUUCCAUUUAACUGCACAGUGCAGUUCUCGGAAACCGGGCUGAAAUUUCUCAUAUGAACACAAGGCGAAAUUCGUCCCGGCAACCCAGCCAGCCCGGUCAACCAGGCUCAUGUGAAGAGGCCCUGAAUUACUGAACGACUGACUGACUGACUGACUGAAUUAAUGACUGACUGACUGAACACACUGACUGAAUGACUGACUGACUGACUUGCCGACGCUGUUAAGUUCACCUGCCAAAAUCAAUAUUGGUUUAUGUAGAAUGCAAACAGCUUCCCUUGCUCCUUAAGAUUUCAGAACUUAGAGAAGCACCAACUGUACCAGCAGCAACUUAUACGGCAACAAUAAGAGCACAGGACCGUCUUUGUAUAACCCUUCAAACGUCCUAACGCCAACCUCUGCAACGGCUGCUGGACUUCCUGUGCCACAGUAGUUCCUCUCUUGAUUUUUUAUUUGUUUGUCUUAUAGGAUAACCCUUAUUUAGCACUCCAAAUGGACGAGGAGGUUCAACCUAGCUCAGGUUACUAUCUUCAGCCAGUUGAUAAUGCAGGCGUUCGGGAUUCCAAACGAUACGUGCAAUCCCCACUGCAGACUCCCGCAAGUGACACAGAAGAACCCCCACAAUUUGGAGA